AUGAAGAGCAUUGCUGGACUAGCGUCCGAGAACAAACCUUUGCCCGCUGUCCCUCAUCCUGAUUUCAACAAAUUCAAGACGGAGUAUCAUCCAAACAGUGGUCGACCUACUGUCAUUGAAAACUUUUCAGUUUAUGGAUGUGGAGAUGCUGUGCCUCCGUUUGUCGACAAUUCUCCAUGGCUUCCAUUUUCAUGCUGUGCAGACUUCGAGUUUGCUGAACUGGCACACCGAGCCGCUCUCAGCAAGGAACACAUGGACAAAUUUUUGUGGCUUAUCUGGAAUGCUGUCGAUGGUCACGCGAAACUUACAUUCAAGACUCAUGGUGAUGUAUUAAGAGCAUGGGAUAAGGCCUCAAUGCAGAUGACACCAUUCGAGAAGCAUGUUAUAUCUGUAGAUUAUCAGAAGGGGACACUCGACUUUGAUGUGUAUUCGCAGCCAUUAUGGGACUGGGCUAUGGACCUGCUCAAUGAGCCCAUCUUAGCGCCGCAUUUUGAAUGGAAUGCCCAGCAGUUGUAUAAGCAUGAUGGUACUCGGUACGAACAAUUUAUACACGAACCUUGGACUGCAGACCAUUGGUGGAGGAUCCAAUCGUCAUUACCUAACAAUGGAGUACCAUUUUCCUUCAUUUUGUAUGCAGACAAGACGCACUUGUCAUCAUCUGGCAAUGUCAAAGGAUAUCCGGUAAUUUCCCGGUGCGCGAACCUGCCAGUGCCUGAAGACGCAGAAGAAGACCACAAGCUCUCCUACACAAAUUUAAAGCACGUCGUUUGGCAUGAAGCAUUCUUAAAGUUUCUCGAGGUCAUCAUACUUUACUCUAAGACCGGAUUUGCCCAUAAAUGCUUCAAUGAUGUCGAACGGUGGUUAUACGCACUGAUUCUGCUAUUGUUGGCUGACUAUGAAGAACAGUGCGUGAUGGCAUUAAUACAGGGGACGGGCUCACUCUGUCCUUGUCCCAUCUGUCUUGUCCCUUCAUCAAAACUUUGCGACCAUACUGUGACGUACCCUACCCAAAAAGUUGAGGAUGCACAAAUUCGCAUCAAGCUCUACGAGGAGAACCGUGCCGCAGGAGAAGCAGCCCUGAAGGAGCAAGUGGAAAACUCGAAUCCCCAUGAGACAAUCUCCCAGGACCCUUUGCAUGCCUUUCAAGGCGGUUUAUAUGGUUACCACAUCCAUGAAGAGGCUAAGAGUCUUGCAGAACUUCUUGGGCGCAGCGCUCUCAAGCAAAUUGACGAGCAAUUUGAUGCCUUUCCACGAUGGAGGGGUCUCAAUCAUUUCCACCGGGUCACGAACAUUAGCUUUAGCGAUGGGAACAAAUUCCAGGAUAUUUCCAAGCAAUUUCUGUUUGCUGCUCAUAAUGUGCUCACGAAGCAGAAGAGCAAAGCUGGGUACAUGCUCUUGCGCUGUAUUGCAAGUUACCUAAAGGUAGACAUGUAUAUCUUGCUCGACACUCAAAUGGAGAGCACUCUCGCAGCUGGCGAAGCAGCUUAUGAAUAUUGCAAAGUUGCAGGUGAUUCGACCAAGAAUUGGAACUUUCCAAAGGUACACGCUGGCAAGCACAUAUUUCACGACAUACGGGAGAAAGGCGCCGCUCGGAACUUCAGCACUCGUCCCAAUGAAAAGCAACAUGGACCACUCAAACGGAUGUAUUUACGCCAGACGAACCAUAAGGACAUUGCAAAUCAGCUUCUCCAAUUAGAUCAUAGGACACUCGUUUCUGAGCUUAUUGGUGGCCGCAUUGCCCAGCUUGAUGAACAGCGUCUUCGGGAACUCAGGGAUGCUGACAACAACAACAACGAUCCAGACGACAAUGAUGACCCUGAGGAUGCCACACAUAUUGGCGUGUCAUUUCAGGGCCAUAUCUAUCUCGGUUCUCCCCAAUGCCCCACCAGUUUUGCUGAUGUGGAGGAAGCAAAUAGCUCGUCACGCGCUUUCGACCAAUUUUGGAAGAAGUUUUCGACGUUCAUCAAUGAAUUCCUUCCUGCCCAUGACAUACCAUUACCUGAUGGGAAAAUGUGGUUGAGGCCGGCAGCUCAAGACAAGCUACAGGAAUAUCGCUACCUCAAGGUGCACUACGAGUCUGUCGUUGACUGGAAGCUUGCUAUGGACUAUCUCCGUUGCAAUCUGAACUUCCACGGACACGAGCGCCGUGACUGCACACUUAUUCAUACUCACGACAAGGACGGCAACAGCAAGAAUAUAUUUGCCCAAAUCUUGUUUAUGUUUAAGUACAGUGUUGGCGACCAAUGUUUGGAUCUCGCUCUUGUACUUCCAAUGGAUGCUCCAAUUGGCCCACGGCCCGCUGUUGAUCAGGACCUGCAAUUCACUCGGCUGCGUGUAUGGCCUCCAGCAUCUUCGGAGUUCCUUUCCAUUCAUUCAAUCAUCCGUGGUGCUUUAGUUGUUCCAGAUUAUGCUAAUCCUCUUUGA